AUGGUAUUUGGACGUGUAGAAGCGCAACUAUAUCAAGCGGCAUUCGCCACGUUCGGUGGUUCUAUGGGCGUUCGCCCACUGCGCGAGGACGAGGAGAGGUGGUACGCGCAAAUCAGAGGCAAUUUUAUGUACCCUGUUGCUGAUGCCUUUACCUCGCCGCCCAUCGCGACUGAAGGUGCGCAAUUCCCUAAACCUCGUCCUUUGCGCUCUGUGACUUCCGCUGGGAAAGAGGUUGUCUAUCUUUCCAGCGAGGAGUCUGUAGGGUCUUCAAACGGCGAGUUAAGUUCGUGGUCUAACAUCUUUGCAGAGAUCAAGAAGAAGACCCCUGAGAAGGGUGUCAAGUUUACUGAGCCAGAGCCUAAGAGGCCGAAGAUUACUAUCAAGUCUUUUCAGACUGCUGAUAGUGAAUCUGCUAAAGAGAAGAGUGUGGCUGAACAAGACGUGGCGAAGGCUGUUGAGGCGCAGCGGAAGGCUGAGGAACGUCAGGAGAAGAGGAAGAAGGCUGAGGAGGAGAAGAGAGCCUUUGAGUUGGAGAGGGAGCAAGAACAAAAGAAGGCUAUGGAAAAGCCUGUCAAUGUUCAAGAGUCUGAGGUCAUUAGGGGUUCUGAGAGGAGGCAAGGGCAUGAAGUCGUCAAACCUACCCACCCCGCGCAUGCUGAGACCCAUGACCGUUCAAAGAUACUUACUUCCAAGGGGUCGAGUCGGUAUACUUCUAGUGGCGCGAGUUCUGGUGGAGCUGGGAGCUAUAACCCAAACGUCAUCGGGGCGAAAGACACCGUUGGUGAUAUAUAUUAUAAGAGUUAUACCGAGGAAGAACGCGGUGAUGCUCCUCACCAAGCUCCCUGGAGUUUGAAGCAAAAGGACACAUUUCAGGAAUUGGGGCCCUGCCGUGAUUGGUUCUUAAACUCGUUUACUCCUGGUGAGGUUAACCGGCAGAGGGCGAAGACCCAUGAAAUGUUGUAUCGAACUUUAGUGCUUGGAGAAGCUAAUGCUCGCGCCGCCAACCAUUAG